UGGCGUGGGCGUCACGAAGGUGGGGGGUGGGGGAUUCUCACGUGGGACAGACCAACUCCCAAAAAAAGAAAUGGGUCCAUGACUCCAUGGUUGUUCCUACGUACGGAACUGAGAAGUUUUCAUGUCUUAAUUAUAAACGUCUAUGUAGAGCUGUUGAGCUUAUCGAUAAAUCCUCAAGGCCAAUAUUCCCGCGAUUCUCCUUGCCUAAGGGCUGACGACGUCAGAGUGCGAAUUUAAAGUGUGACAGUUGGACAUCCUCGGCGCGAAUUCCUUGAGCCGCUGCCCACCCACACGAUUGCAACCACCUCCGCCUUACUCAGAAAACCCUCCCGCCGAUGGCAUGAUGGCCACCGUCCUCCGCCCCUCGAACAUCCUCCGGGUGCGGUCUGCACUGCCCCUAUUACAACGACAUGUCCACAUCUCGGCGACUCCGUCGAUAACCUCUAUUAACGGCAUCGUUGAUUUAUCCGCGCAAACACAAGCAAUCCCGAAGCUCUCCGGCUCCGGGCCCUUCCCCGCUGAGAUAUCAUUCGAAGUCCUCGGCGCCCCGCACUCACUGCUCUCGGUUGCACUCCCGGCUUCGAGCAACCUCUACGCCCGCCGCGGCACCCUCCUAGGUCUCAACGGCCGACCAUCCGAUGUGACCUCGACGCUCUCGGUCCUAUCCCCAUUCACCCGCGCUGCCCGCGGCAUCCCCUUUCUUUACCAGAAGGUCACCUCAACCACACCACUCACAUGCAUCAUCUCUGCCAACACCCCGAACACAACAUUCUGCGUUUUGGCGCUCGACGGCACCGCGGACUGGAGCCUGACACAGCCGGAUGCACUCCUUGCCUGGAGCGGUCACAGCAUCGCCGUUAAACCGCAAGAGGUGACGGGUCGCGGCUUGGUGGCCCUCGUCGGCCGUGGCCAGGUCUAUCAAGUCGCUCUCAAGAAGGACGAAGAGUUUAUCAUCCACCACCGCUCGCUACUGGCAUACUCUGCGGCGGGGCAGAAGCCCAGUAAGGCGCGACUGGCGGCUACGUCUCUACGGUUCCAGGUGCCGCGGUUGCGACUGGGCCUAGGUAUCUCGCAGCGGUUGAAGGAGGUAGAGUGGAUCAAUGCUAUGCGGGCUUCGAAGGUCUGGGAGGUACUGGCGAAGGCUGUGUGGGCAGUGAAAACGGCCGUGUGGGCGGAUCGGGAGUUCCUCAAGUUUGUGGGGCCGGCUACGGUGCUGUUGCAGAGUCGGACGGGGGGAAGGAUACGGGAUUUGAUCUCGCGGGAGGAGAUGGGGGAGUACGCAGCUGUGCAGUCGAUGGAAUCGGUGCCGCGGCAGAGGAGGGAGACUGUAAAGGUGCUCAAGAUUGGGCUGGAGACCGCAAAGCAGGCAGCGAAAAUGGCCGAGAAGGAAACUCCGGAUAAGGCCGCCCCCGCGAUGUCUCAAACACAGACGCAUGCGGGGAGUCUGAAGCGAGCUGUCGUUACAAGAGUUGGGCAUGUGGAAUUUGAGGACUCAAAUUUCAAGGAGUUCCAGAGAUAGGUUGAGUGGGGAAGGAUGGAUUGUACAUUACGAUGAUCAUGUGUAAUUGCGAGGAUCUCUCUCUCUCUCUCUUUCUUGUUGAUACAGAUGAUUAGAAGGGCAAAAAAAGGCAAUAGAAUUCGGAGAAG